AUGGCACCGACAACGACCACUAAGACCGUAAAGGGCUCUCCUGUACGUGGCGAGACUGUAACGUCUCCUCGCGCAGAGGUUGAGGCUAACGCCGAGCAGCCCAAGGAGGCCCCUACGAAGAAAAAGUGGUCCGACAUCACAGACAGCAUCGACAAGGCUACAUUCGACCAGAUUUUGGAGAUGGAUGAUGACGACGACCAGGAUUUCAGCAAGGGCAUUGUCUUUGGCUUCUUUGACCAGGCCGAGAGCACGUUCGAGAAGAUGGAGAAAGCGCAGAAGGAGGAGAACCUUAAAGAACUGUCACAGCUCGGCCACUUCCUCAAGGGGUCCUCGGCUACUCUGGGCCUGAGCAAGGUCAAGGAGGCGUGCGAGAAGAUCCAACAUUUCGGGAACCAGAAGGACGAAACAGGCUCGACUGACGAACCGGACGACAAGAUCUCGCUGAAGAACAUCGAGAAGACCCUGUCCGAAGUGAAGAAGGACUACGAGGAGGUGGAGACCUUCCUCCGCCGGUAUUACGAUGACCCCGUGUCCUGCAACUAA